CACAGACAUAGCCCACUCUAACCAUCAAGAUGAGUGAGUUGAAGGAUUGCCCGCCUCUAAAGUACUAUGACUUUAAGCCAGUAGAGCAUGUGAAGGUGUGCCCCCGCUACACUGCAGUGCUCGGGCGCUCAGAGGACGAUGGCAUCGGUAUUGAGGAGUUGGACACACUGCAGCUAGAGCUGGAGACUCUCCUGUCCUCUGCCAGCCGUCGUCUUAGAGCUCUUGAGGAACAGAGACAGGUAAGACAGGAGUCAGUGGGUACAUCUUUAAUGUCACUGAGUAAUUGAGUAGCUUUUGUGUCAUUGGACAGCCCAAGGAUUCCGUUGCCUCUAGGGCUGGCACAAUUGCUGUAUAACUGUGUAACCAAUGGUAGUGUAACCAACGGUCAUAAGGGACAGUUGAUAUUUACUGGGGGGGGGGGGGGGGGGGGGGGGGGUUGUGUCUUACCUUUUUUUUGCUUUGGGGGGAGGGUUGUGUGUGUUUUUUUUUAUUGGGCACAGGGUAGGGUACUGCGUUUUCCCCCCUGGUUUAUAUUUCUUCCAUCCUAGCCAAAUUUCCUCAUCUGCUUGCAUGCGCCUCCCCUAUAUCAAGGUGUUAUGGUACUUCCCUUAUGCAAUACGCUUUUCAGCACGCUAACUAUUACUAUACCACAGGUCAAUAUUAGAGAAUGACCGGUCAAGGAGGCCGAUGGCCAAUAUUCAAUAUCAUUAAGAGACAGCCAUGUAUGUGUUAAUGCAUCAAUUUUAAAAUCAAACAAUAAAUGUGACUUUGUUUUUACCAAUCUAACUACAUAACAACAUAAUGGUAAUACUUUUUAUUUGAAUGGUAAAUCUCUUGAUAAACUGGGUAAAUUAAGAUGGCAUAGGCCUACUCACAAUUAGGGGUGUGCCGAUCUCGUCAUACUCGUAAUCAUAUCUGUUUUAUCACACUUGAUACUCGUAAUCUGAUUUACUUGUGAUCGGAAAACCCGGAAGUGCUCUUUAAAUGCCGGUAAAGCCUAUAAUUCAAGUGCGCAUUACUGCGCUAUCACUCAGAGCGCGUCGUUAUGUACCUUCACUCAUUCACACACAUUGUUAAAAGGUAAACGACCCCGACAGAUGAAAAUGCACAUGAUUUACUUGCUUAGUCCUAUUCAAUUAUCAACUAAUAAUAAAUAGCCUAAUGCAUGGCUGGCUACUACUGCUUGCAUUUAUUCCAGACACAGAUUUAGAUGAAGGUAGGCUAAUUUGCUUGCCCCAUAUAUUGUUUCACUUUUUAGAGGAACAAAACUUUUCUCUCCCGACACUUAUGCCACAACAUGUGUACAAUCAAAAUAAAUUAUCUACAUUUGUCAUUUUAUUUUUAAAUGAUCUGUCGCUCGGUAAACAUGCAUGAGAAAGAAUCAAUAAUAAUAGGAAGCAAGCAUGGGCUUGGAUCACGACAUAACAACAGACGUCAUCAGCAAUUUAAUAAUUAUAUGGACAAAGGAGGCCUACUUAACAACGCCAAGUAGACACACAAAAACAACCAUAUGGCCUCAGCAAAGUCGACAGGGAAUAACUAGAUUGAACAACAAUGACUAGCUAUGGAUUCUGAUUCAUACACGAUGUUUGGAGAAGGAGAGACUUGUGCCCUGAGAUGAUUGAGUGAGUGAGUGAAAGAAAGAAAGAAACAGAGGCGUGUCUGUGGAAAUGAGAGCAGAGGGAGAGCGGCUUGUUCUAAUCCAAUCGUUGCAGCAGGCCCAACCGAUACCCCGCCCAUUUCUUUAUAGACAAGAACUAGCCAAUAGUUGUUUAGAACACGCAGUGCUUCACACUGUUUGAGUGAAAGAGAUAUGCCUGCUGGCAGCUGACAAUUACUUUUUUCUGAUCACGAAUAAUAAUAAAAAAUACUUGUGUCAUAAUCGUAUUCUGAAAAUUCUCCAUAUCCACUACGAUACUCAGUAUCCUUCCAUUUGGGACUUACAUUGAGUGUAUAAAACAUUAGGAAUAUGGAAUAGAGCUACACUACAUGAUGAAAAGUAUGUGGACACCUUCUCGUCCAACAUCUCAUUCCAAAAUUAUGGGCAUUAAUAUGAAGUUGGUCCCCCCUUUGCUGCUAUAACAGCCUCCACUCUUAUGGGAAGGCUUUCCAGUAGAUGUUGGAACAUUGCUGCGGGGACUUGCUUCCAUGCAGCCACGAGCAUUAGUGAGGUCGGGCACUGAUGUUGGGCGAUUAGGCCUGGCUCGCAGUCGGUGUUCCAAUUCAUCCCAAAGGUGUUGUCAUGCUGAAACAGGAAAGGGCCUUCCAAACUGUUGCCACAAAGUUGGAUGCACAGAAUCGUCUAGAAUGUCAUUGUAUGCUGUAACGUUUCCCUUCACUGGAAUUAAGGGGCCUAGCCCCAGACCAUUAUUCCUCCUCCACCAAACUUUACAGUUUACACUAUGCAUUCGGGCAGGUAGUGUUCUCCUGGCAUCUGCCAAACCCAGAUUCGUCCGCAGGACUGCCAGAUGGUGAAGCGUGAUUCAUCACUCCAGAGAACGCGUUUCCACUGGUCCAGAGUCCAAUGGUGGCGAGCUUUACAACACUCGAGCCGACGCUUGGCAUUGUGCAUGGUGAACUUAGGCUUGUGUGCGGCUGCUCGGUUAUGGAAACCCAUUUCAUGAAGAUCCCGACUAACAGUUAUUGUGCUGACAUUGCGUCCGGAGGCAGUUUGGAACUCGGUAGUGAGUGUGACAACCGAGGACAGACAAUUUUUACGCGCUUCAGCACUUGGCCGUCCCGCUCUGUGAGCUUGUGUGGCCUAACAGUUCGCUGCUAAGUCGUUGUUGCUCCUAGACGUUUCCACUUCACAAUAACAGCACUUACAAUUGACCGGGGCAGCUCUAGCAGGCCAGAACAUUGACAAACUGACUUGUUGGAAAGGUGGCAUCCUAUGACGGUGCCACAUUGAAAGUAAUUGAGCUCUUCAGUAAGGCUAUUUUACUACCAAUGUUUGUCUAUGGAGAUUGCAUGGCGGUGUGCUCGAUUUUAUACACCUGUCAGCAACGGGUGUGGCUGAAAUAGCCGAAUCCACUAAUUUGAAGGGCUAUCCACAUACUUUUGUAUAUAUAGUGUAAGCACAGGCACAGGUUUUUCCUAGAGGAAAACCUGGUUCAGUCUGCUUUCUAACAGACACUGGGAGGCAAAUUCAUCUUUCAGCUGGACAAUAACCUAAAACACAAGCCAAAUACACUGAGUGUACAAAACAUUAGGAACACCUGCUCUUUCCAUGACUAAGACUGACCAGGUGAAUCCAAGUGAAAGCUAUGAUCCCUUAUUGAUGUCACCUGUUAAAUCAAUUUCAAUCAGUGUAGAUGAAAGGGAGGAGACAGAUUAAAGAAUAAUUUUAAGCCUUGAGACAAUUGAGACAUGGACUGUGUAUGUGUUCCAUUCAGAGGGUGAAUGGGCAAGACAAAAGAUUUAAGUGCCUUUGAACGGGGUAUGGUAGUAGGUGCCAGGCGCACCGGUUUGAGUGUGUCAAGAACUGCAAAGCUGCUGGGGUUUUCACGCUCAACAGUUUUCUGUGUGUAUCAAGAAUGGUUCACCACCCAAAUGACCUCCAGCCAACUUGACACAACUGUGGGAAGCAUUGGAGUCAACAUAGGCCAACAUCCCUGUGGAACGCUUUCGACACCUUGUAGAUUCCAUGCCGCGUCAAAUUGAGGCUAUUUUGAGGGCUAAAGGAGGUGCAACUCAAUAUUAGGAAGGUACUCCUAAUGUUUUGUACACUCAGUGUGUACACUGGAGUCGCUUACCAAGAAAACAUUGAAUGUUUCUGAGUGGCCUAAUUACGGUCUUGACUUAAAUCGGCUUGAAAUUCUAUGGCAAGACUUGAAAAUGGCUGUCUAGCAAUGAUCAACAACCAAUUUGACAGAACUUGAAAAAUUCUAAAAAGAGUAAUGUGCAAAUAUUGUACAAUCCAGGUGUGCAAAGCUCCUAGAGACUUACCGAGAAAGACUCAUAGCUGUAAUCACUGUGAAUAACAUGGAACUUAACAACGUGAUGAAACUUUGUUGCCCCUUGCUGAAACAAGCGAGGUGUUGUAGCAAACAAUGAAUAAAAUGGCCUUGGAACCUCUAACCCUGGCAAUUUGACUUGUAAACUCAUGGGUACACUCACAAUUGCUGCCUGGUAUUGUGAUGUAAUAGUUUCCAUGGUAAUGUACAGUGUUCAUUCAAAUGAAAUUAUGUUAACUGAUGUAGCUCAUGCAAUGGAAUUAAUUUUUUGUAAUGCCAGUUGAGUUGAAUCAACAAAUCACAGCACAUAUUGAUAGGUACACUUCCUGCUGUUACUUCCUGCUUUGCUCCUAUGGCUACACUCGCGAUAGCCGUCAGUCCACCCAUUAUGCCAUCAUUGACUUGAAUGGGGACGCUCGUUCUAUUCUUUCUAUUUCUAUGGCAGCACAUGCAGUCAGGAGCGGAGAAAAUGUGUGUCUAAAAAGUAAAUAAAAUAAUAAUAAUUUUGUUGUUGUUGCUAUUUGAAUGGUUAUUACGGAGGCCGCAGUCAUUUGGCUGGCCAAUUACCGUCAUCCAAAAUUCCAUGACCGUUACAGCCCUAGUUGCCUCCUUGCUCUACUCUACCUGCUGCUGCUAAACCUCCAUCUAUAAUGUUGGACAGGGAAUAUAUUUUGCUGCCAUAGUGGUUCUGAAACUGCAAGUGGUCUGAUACUUGCCUGAUGUUAUAAGUCUUCCUGUGUCAUCCUUCUUUGAAAAUGAAGUUUGGUUGGUGACUGGUCCCUAUUUUCUCAGAUCCUCACAGACUGGCAGGAUAAGAAAGGGGACAAGCGCUUUCUGAAGCUGGGAAAGGAUGCAGACCUUUCAGCUUCAUCACGUCACAAACCUAAGAAGCAGAAACUCGAUGGAAAGGGCAGUCACGGGCCUGGUCCUGGACGACCCAAAUCCAAAAAUCUACAGCCCAAAGUCCAGGAGUACGAGUUAAGUGAGGAUCCACAGGACAUUCCCCGUAAUCCUAAGAACGAUGCCCCUAACAGGUCAGUAACAAUCACAUCUCACAUAAACAGUGUAGGGUGUCCGCAUCUUUUGACCAAUGAGUAAAAUAAUAUGUUAAUUGUGUAGAUAAUCCUCUAAGAAAACAAAUGGUCCAAACCUCAUGUCUCUGUCAUAAUCUGUUCCAAAGUUAUUGGAGUGUUUACCCUUGUAGGAUGGCCAGAAUUAGGGUGACUAAAUCAAUGGAGGCCAGAGAAAAAGUGGUCAGAAAUCAGGAAUGUUGCAUCGUGUCAGCUAGGCUGGAUUCUGUGCAAGAAUUAAGGCUACUGGCUACCUGACAGGCUCACUUUCCCUUUGAACUCGUCAUCUUUCUUAAGAUGGAUAUUGAUUUUGAGACAUGUCAUGUAGUAUUUUCAUAUUUUAGUAUACACUUUUCAUACUAAUUUGAAAUUCCUGAUAUUUUUCAAAGAUUUCUCACAAAAGCAAGCUUAUCUCUGUGAAAUGUCAACAGAGGAUUGAGUGUAGGGCUGUUACAGUGACGUACAGUGGCUUGCGAAAGUAUUCACCCCCCUUGGCAUUUUUCCUAUUUUGUUGCCUCAACCUGGAAUUAAAAUGGAUUUUUUGGGGGUUUGUAACAUUUGAUUUACACAACAUGCCUACCACUUUGAAGAUGCAAAAUAUUUUUUAUUGUGAAACAAACAAGAAAUAAGACAAAAAAACAGAGAAUCUGAGCAUGCAUAACUAUUCACCCCCCCAAAGUCAAUACUUUGUAGAGCCACCUUUUGCAGCAAUUACAGCUGCAAGUCUCUUAGGGUAUGUCUCUAUAAGCUUGGCACAUUUAGCCACUGGGAUUUCUGCCCAUUCUUCAAGGCAAAACUGCUCCAGCUCCUUCAAGUUGGAUGGGUUCCGCUGGUGUACAACAAUCUUUAAGUCAUACCACAGAUUCUCAAUUGGAUUGAGGUCUGGGCUUUGACUAGGCCAUUCCAAGACAUUUCAAUGUUUCCCUUUAAACCACUCGUGUUGCUUUAGCAGUAUGCUUAGGGUCAUUGUCCUGCUGGAAGGUGAACCUCUGUCCCAGUCUCAAAUCUCAGGAAGACUGAAACAGGUUUCCCUCAAGACUUGCCCGGUAUUUAGCGCCAUCCAUCAUUCCUUCAAUUCUGACAAUUUUCCCAGUCCCACCGAUGAAAAACAUCCCCACAGCAUGAUGCUGCCACCACCAUGCUUCACUGUGGGGAUGGUGUUCUUGGGGUGAUGAGAGGUGUUGGGUUUGCGCCAGACAUAGCAUUUUCCUUGAUGGCGGCCAAAAAGCUCAAUUUUAGUCUCAUCUGACCAGAGUACCUUCUUCCAUAUGUUUGGGGAGUCUCCCACAUGCCUUUUGGCGAACACCAAACGUGUUUGCUUAUUUUUUUCUUUAAGCAAUGGCUUUUUUCUGGCCACUCUUCAGUAAAGCCCAGCUCUGUGGAGUGUACGGCUUAAAGUGGUCCUAUGGACAGAUACUCCAAUCUCCGCUGUGGAGCUUUACAGCUCCUUCAGGGUUAUCUUUGGUCUCUUUGUUGCCUCUCUGAUUAAUGCCCUCCUUGCCUGGUCUGUGAGUUUUGGUGAGCGGCCCUCUCUUGGCAGGUUUGUUGUGGUGCCAUAUUCUUUCCAUUUAAAAAAAAUGGAUUUAAUGGUGCUCCGUGGGAUGUUCAACGUUUCGGAUAUUUUUUUAUAACCCAACCCUGAUCUGUACUUCUCCACAACUUUGUCCCUGACCUGUUUGGAGAGCUCCUUGGUCUUCAUGGUGCUGCUUGCUUGGUGGUGCCUCUUGCUUAGUGGUGUUGCAGACUCUGGGGCCUUUCAGAACAGGUGUUUAUAUACUGAGAUCAUGUGACAGAUCAUGUGACACUUAGAUUGCACACAGGUGGACUUUAUUUAACUAAUUAUGUGACUUCUGAAGGUAAUUGGUUGCACCAGAUCUUAUUUAGGGGCUUCAUAGCAAAGGGGUGAAUAAAUAUGCACGCACCACUUUUCCGUUAUUUAUUUUUUAGACUUUUUUGAAACAAGUUAUUUUUUUCAUUUCACUUCACCAAUUUGGACUAUUUUGUGUAUGUCCAUUACAUGAAAUCCAAAUAAAAAUCCCUUUAAAUUACAGGUUGUAAUGCAACAAAAUAGGAAAAACGCCAAGGGGGAUGAAUACUUUUGCAAGGCACUGUAUUACCAGUGGUGUAAAGUACUUAAGUAAAAAUACUUGAAAGUACUACUUAAGUAGUUUUUUUGGGUAUCUGUACUUGUCUUUACUAUUUAUAUUUUUGACCACUUUUACUUCACUAAAUUCCUAAAGAAAAUUAUAUACUUUUUACUGCAUAGAUUUUCCCUGACACCCUAAAGUACUUGUUACAUUUUGAAUGCUUAGCAGGACAGGAAAAUUGUCAAAUUCAAACACUCAAGAGAACAUCCCUGUUCAUCCCUACUGCUUCUUAUCUGGCGGACUCACUAAACACAAAUGCUUCAUUUGUAAAUGAUGUCUGAGUGUUGGGAGUGUGCCCCUAGCUAUCCAUAAUAAAUAAAAAAACAAGAAAAUUGUUCCAUCUGGUUUGCUUAAUAUAAGGAAUUUUAAAUGAUUUGUACUUUUACUUUUGAUACUUAAGUAUAUUUAAAACCAAAUACCUUUAGACUUUUACUCAAAUUGUAUUUUAUUGGGUGACUUUCACUUUUACUUUAGUCAUUUUCUAUUAAGGUAUCUUUACUUUUACUCAAGUAUGACAAUUGGGUACUUUUUCCACCACUGCGUAUUACCGCUGCACUGGGUCACAUCGGUAAUAAGCUUCUCCAAAACUGCGCUCUGAUACCGCUGAUGGUCAUUAGUAGCCUACCAAACUUGCUAACUGCCAGUCGCUAAUGGCCUGGUACUCAGCGCUCUAUUGUCCCUCAAAUCACUCUGACAUCAAUGCAAAUAUCAUCAAAAAUAAAACACUUCAUGAGAGCUCAUGUUGCUACUUUUUCUAAUCAUAGUCGCAAACCUCAUUUAGCCUAGCCCAUGGGCCUAUAUGUUUUGAUAAGGUUUGUAUCACAACUAAAGUGGCCAGAUAACUCCAAAUGUAGCCUAUAGGUCUAGGACCCCUGGAACACGGUUGGAGAGCACAUAGCCUACAGAGCCUAGUGAAACGUGUUCUUAUAUGCCCAGUCAUUGCACAAUCGCGUGUGAAACCAGAGUUUUGACUGGCCACUAUUUAAAAGAGGAUCCCAACUUUCUCGUGCUGCUAUAUUUAUUGCUCAAUUCUUAAAAUUAAGCACAUUCAUCUGCUUUAUAACCAGUGUAGCCUACCUGGCAUACAUACAGUGGGGGAAAAAAGUAUUUAGUCAGCCACCAAUUGUGCAAGUUCUCCCACUUAAAAAGAUGAGAGAGGCCAGUAAUUUUCAUCAUAGGUACACGUCAACUAUGACAGACAAAAUGAGGAAAAAAAAUCCAGAAAAUCACAUUGUAGGAUUUUUUAUGAAUUUAUUUGCAAAUUAUGGUGGAAAAUAAGUAUUUGGUCACAUACAAACAAGCAAGAUUUCUGGCUCUCACAGACCUGUAACUUCUUCUUUAAGAGGCUCCUCUGUCCUACACUCAUUACCUGUAUUAAUGGCACCUGUUUGAACUUGUUAUCAGUAUAAAAGACACCUGUCCACAACCUCAAACAGUCACACUCCAAACUCCACUAUGGCCAAGACCAAAGAGCUGUCAAAGGACACCAGAAACAAAAUUGUAGACCUGCACCAGGCUGGGAAGACUGAAUCUGCAAUAGGUAAGCAGCUUGGUUUGAAGAAAUCAACUGUGGGAGCAAUUAUUAGGAAAUGGAAGACAUACAAGACCACUGAUAAUCUCCCUCGAUCUGGGGCUCCACGCAAGAUCUCACCCCGUGGGGUCAAAAUGAUCACAAGAACGGUGAGCAAAAAUCCCAGAACCACACGGGGGGACCUAGUGAAUGACCUGCAGAGAGCUGGGACCAAAGUAACAAAGCCUACCAUCAGUAACACACUACGCCGCCAGGGACUCAAAUCCUGCAGUGCCAGACGUGUCCCCCUGCUUAAGCCAGUACAUGUCCAGGCCCGUCUGAAGUUUGCUAGAGUGCAUUUGGAUGAUCCAGAAGAGGAUUGGGAGAAUGUCAUAUGGUCAGAUGAAACCAAAAUAGAACUUUUUGGUAAAAACUCAACUCGUCGUGUUUGGAGGACAAAGAAUGCUGAGUUGCAUCCAAAGAACACCAUACCUACUGUGAAGCAUGGGGGUGGAAACAUCAUGCUUUGGGGCUGUUUUUCUGCAAAGGGACCAGGACGACUGAUCCGUGUAAAGGAAAGAAUGAGUGGGGCCAUGUAUCGUGAGAUUUUGAGUGAAAACCUCCUUCCAUCAGCAAGGGCAUUGAAGAUGAAACGUGGCUGGGUCUUUCAGCAUGACAAUGAUCCCAAACACACUGCCCGGGCAACGAAGGAGUGGCUUCGUAAGAAGCAUUUCAAGGUCCUGGAGUGGCCUAGCCAGUCUCCAGAUCUCAACCCCAUAGAAAAUCUUUGGAGGGAGUUGAAAGUCCGUGUUGCCCAGCGACAGCCCCAAAACAUCACUGCUCUAGAGGAGAUCUGCAUGGAGGAAUGGGCCAAAAUACCAGCAACAGUGUGUGAAAACCUUGUGAAGACUUACAGAAAACGUUUGACAUGUGUCAUUGCCAACAAAGGGUAUAUAACAAAGUAUUGAGAAACUUUUGUUAUUGACCAAAUACUUAUUUUCCACCAUAAUUUGCAAAUAAAUUCAUAAAAAAUCCUACAAUGUGAUUUUCUGGAUUUUUUUUCCUCAUUUUGUCUGUCAUAGUUGACGUGUACCUAUGAUGAAAAUUACAGGCCUCUCUCAUCUUUUUAAGUGGGAGAACUUGCACAAUUGGUGGCUGACUAAAUACUUUUUUCCCCCACUGUAUGUGGUAUGUGAGUUUCAAGUUUGGGGAAGCACAUUUUCACCAUAAAAAUGCACCUUUAUAAUAAAACGGAUUUCCUUGCAUCAUCGCAUUUGCAGACUUAUGUAAAAUAGCUUACUAUUCGUAAUGUGAUGAGUAGAUUGGAUUGUCAUAAUUUAGACUUCUAAUAUAACUCAAUCACUGUUUGCAAAAAACACUGUUCAAUGCAGCUGAGCUCGUAGAGUAGGCCUAGGCUAUAUUUUAUAUCAGAUACAUUUCUUCUUUCUUUACAUGGGAAAAAUGUGGCCUUUUAUAAACACAUUUCAUGCAGUUCUACUACACUUUAUAUGACUGGAGACAUUUUUUAAGUAGCACUAACCCAACAAUGAUAAAUAGUGAAUAUGCACAGUGCACACUCACCGGGGAUAUUGCUGAUGCUCUCUGCUGGUGCCAAAAAGAUAGUCCAUACUGUUGUACGCUCAAUUCAGUUGAGAGUUUUGUUAACUAAAAGACAGAUUAGUCUUUUCAUUGUCUUCUCUUUACAGCAAUAACCAUUCGCUUGUCAAAAUAUGUUUUUCCGCGAUUGUAUUUUUAAAUAUUGUGGUAUGCCUGGCUUGGCCUCUCUACUUUUCACAGACAGUCGCAACUCAACAGUUAUCUGCCCAAAUUGUGCGCGCUUUCUUUCCUUCCGACUGUAGGUAAUGUGAUUUAAAACAAUCCACAACUUAUUUUUUAAAAGAAGCUAAUGAUCUUCUGUGGCUAAAUCAUCCUUUAGUAGCCUACUUUGAAUGAUUUUAUUUAUUUCUGUAUAGACAGGAGUAGGCUAAUUAUGCUAUACAGUGAGGGGGAAAAAGUAUUUGAUCCCCUGCUGAUUUUGUACGUUUGCCCACUGACAAAGAAAUGAUCAGUCUAUAAUUUUAAUGGUAGGUUUAUUUGAACAGUGAGAGACAGUAUAACAACAACAAAAAUCCAGAAAAACGCAUGUCAAAAAUUUUAUGAAUUGAUUUGCAUUUUAAUGAGGGAAAUAAGUAUUUGACCCCCUCUCAAUCAGAAAUAUUUCUGGCUCCCAGGUGUCUUUUAUACAGGUAACGAGCUGAGAUUAGGAGCACACUCUUAAAGGGAGUGCUCCUAAUCUCAGUUUGUUACCUGUAUAAAAGACACCUGUCCACAGAAGCAAUCAAUCAAACAGAUUCCAAACUCUCCACCAUGGUUAAGACCAAAGAGCUCUCCAAGGAUGUCAGGGACAAGAUUGUAGACCUACACAAGGCUGGAAUGGGCUACAAGACCAUCGCCAAGCAGCUUGGUGAGAAGGUGACAGUUGGUGCGAUUAUUCGCAAAUGGAAGAAACUGUCAAUCUCCCUCGGCCUGGGGCUCUAUGCAAGAUCUCACCUCGUGGAGUUGCAAUGAUCAUGAGAACGGUGAGGAAUCAGCCCAGAACUACACGGGAGGAUCUUGUCAAUGAUCUCAAGGCAGCUGGGACCAUAGUCACCAAGAAAACAAUUGGUAACACACUACGCCGUGAAGGACUGAAAUCCUGCAGCGCCCACAAUGAACAUCUAUCUGAAUGAUUCAGAGGAGAACUGGGUGAAAGUGUUGUGGUCAGAUGAGACCAAAAUCGAGGUCUUUGGCAUCUCGCCGUGUUUGGAGGAGGAGGAAUGCUGCCUAUGACCCCAAGAACACCAUCCCCACCGUCAAACAUGGAGGUGGAAACGUUAUGCUUUGGGGGUGUUUUUCUGCUAAGGGGACAGGACAACUUCACCGCAUCAAAGGGACGAUGGAUGGGGCCAUGUACCGUCAAAUCUUGAGUGAGAACCUCCUUCCCUCAGCCAGGGCAUUGAAAAUGGGUCGUGGAUGGGUAUUCCAGCAUGACAAUGAGCCAAAACACACGGACAGGACAACUUCACCGCAUCAAAGGGACGAUGGAUGGGGCCAUGUACCGUCAAAUCUUGAGUGAGAACCUCCUUCCCUCAGCCAGGGCAUUGAAAAUGGGUCGUGGAUGGGUAUUCCAGCAUGACAAUGAGCCAAAACACACGGCCAAGGCAACAAAGGAGUGGCUCAAGAAGAAGCACAUGAAGGUCCUGGAGUGGCCUAGCCAGUCUCCAGACCUUAAUCCCAUAGAAAAUCUGUGGAGGGAGCUGAAGGUUCGAGUUGCCAAACGUCAGCCUCAACCUUAAUGACUUGGAGAAGAUCUGCAAAGAGGAGUGUGACAAAAUCCCUCCUGAGAUGUGUGCAAACCUGGUGGCCAACUACAAGAAACGUCUGACCUCUGUGAUUGCCAGCAAGGGUUUUGCCACCAAGUAUUGUCAUGUUUUGCAGAGGGGUCAAAUACUUAUUUCCCUCAUUAAAAUCCAAAUCAAUUAAUAACAUUGUUGACAUGCGUUUUUCUGGAUUUUGUUGUUGUUAUUCUGUCCCUCACUGUUCAAAUAGACCUACCAUUAAAAUUAUAGACUGAUCAUGUCUUUGUCAGUGGGAAAAUGUACAAAAUCAGCAGGGGAUCAAAUACUUUUUUCCCUCACUGUAUAAUUUUGGUCAUUUCAAAAUAUUUUACUUUAGGGAAAGCUUCCCCUAGCCUUAUGGAUGUGCCGCCUAUGCUUGCAUAUUAAAAAACGUAACGCACAUAACUUCCAUUCGCUAUUUGAGUGCAGGCUACAGAUUAGAGUUUUUUUUUUUGUAGGCCAUUCUAAAUAAAAAAUAUUUCCACACAUAUAUUAGUAGGCUAUAUGUAAAGACCAGAUUAAAUUAAGAAUAGUUUGAUGGGUGAGAAUAUUAACAAGUGCUUGUCAAAUUGUCAAUGAGAGACUGAAGAAGUGUGUGCAGCCUGCGCAAGAAACAGAGCAGAGCUCAUGCCUUUCAAGCAACUUUUUUCAAAUCAUCAUUAGUCGCAUCAUGCAGCCUUAGAAUGUAUUAAAAAUCAAAACAUAUAGCCUAAUGUUUGUAUCACAACUAAAGUUGCAUAAAUAACUCUAAAUUAAGCAUAUAGGAGGACCUGUUUCUUUGUUAACCGCUCAAGACAGAAUAGCCGCAUGUGCGCACUCCCUCAGAAAUCAUAUGGGAAAAAAUAUCCUAUCUAUUUUAUUCAGCUAUGUUCAAUUGUAUUCCUCAUACUAUAAAAUUAUAUAAAAUAAUCCCACGGAAUUCUAAGCAAAUCUUGUCUACUAAGUGAACUAGUGUAGCCCACAGCAAUAUGGAAUAGCCAGAUCAGGGCCUAACAUAAGGACAACUCAGAGUAUGCUAUUCUGUUGUAAAAUAAAUAAUGGAUCUUUGUGAUGGUGUAGGCUAUAUUAAAUGGAUUUAUUAUACUUUUUUUUAUGUAGAUAUUCCAAAGGUACGCAUCAGUGGCUUGUAGGCUAUGCGUGGAAGCCAGGAGAUGCUAAACGUGUUAAUGUUAAUAAACGGUAAAUUACCGUGAGACUGGCAAUUAUUUGCAUGACAGUCACCAGCUGACAAAAUUUCACUAACUGAGCGUAUACCAAGCUUUUUAUUUCAAAGCCUUUUACAUUUAAUGAAGACGACGACCACAAAAUGUUAAAUCCUCAAGAAACCUGCACCGCUAUGUCAACAACAGCUCGGUGCUUAUUAUCGGAUGUAUUAGGUUACGAAAUCCAACUUUUGGGAUAUAAUGUUAAUAAUAUGUUAGAGAGACCCCACUGAACGAUUUAGAACAUGAAUAAUCAUAUUUGUCUAGGUAAAAUGUAUUUUAUAACAUAAGGAAGUGUAAGCUAUAAAAACAAAUAGCGAGAGACACACACUCUCUGUAUAAACUCCCAGUCAUUUAUUGGGUAAGAAACCACCAACGUUUCAGCAUCACUGACCCUGAAGAAGGCACUGUGAUGCCGAAACAUUGGUGGUUUCUACUCAAUAAAUUACUGGGAGUUUAUACAUAGUGUGCGACUCUCUUAAUUUGUUUUUAUAGCUUACAGUUUAUUCUCUAUUGGUCAGCACCUCUACACUAAGUGAUGAUCUCUGGGUGUGUGCCAGCUCAUGCUUUUUAUAACAUAAGGAAGUGAAAUUUCAUCACCAAAGGGCAUUUUCACCCACUCUGGGCAGAGUGGGUGGACACCCUAAACAGUGCUCGAAGGUCACUUACAGACACCGACACAAGCUGGUUUGAGAGUAGGUUAUGUGUUUGUUUUUCAUUGUCCCAUGUGCAAGAUUUUAUAGUGUAUCUGUGAAUUAUGUUUUCCAGAUUUUGGGCAUCAGUAGAGCCAUACUGUGCUGACAUCACAAAUGAAGAAAUCCGGGUUCUGGAAGAACUCCUGAAGCCCCCAGAUGAUGAGGCUGAAUACUACAAGGUACAAUAUUGAAUGUCCAAAAUCAUACCUCUUUGUGUUUCGUGUAAUGUUAUGUUCAUUGCAUUAGUAGCUGCCUUAUCAGGUCCUAAGCACUACUAGCAUAUCUGAUAGUAGGUAUUCUGUGACACUUCAGAUAAGAGUUGUGCUUUGGAAUGGUGUGUUACUCACAUCCUCUGUUACAUAUUUCUCCAAGGAGAGAACAUAGAUGAAUAGUAUUGUAUUGGUUAUAUUGUGUAGAUUCCAGCAUUGGGGAAACAUUUCUCUCAGCGAUGGGCUCAGGAGGAUCUACUGGAGGAACAGAGGGAAGGAGCACGAGCCAACGACAAGAAGAAAAGCCUCAUGGGACCACUAUCUGAACUCGACGCCAAAGGUGAGUGCACGCCAGGAGAUUGGGAUGACGACAUACAGCAUGUAUUGAAUGGAUGAGCCUUCAUAAAUUGGUAUUGUGUCUGUCUACCUUCAGCAUCAGCACUGAAAUGAUCAUGUGCAUUUGUCUGAUAUAAGGAUGCUUUUAUUCCCUCAGAUGUGGAUGCCCUGCUAAAGAAGUCAGAAUCCCAGCACGACCCCCCAGAGGAUGGCUGUCCCUUCGGUCCUCUCACACAGAGGCUCCUUCAGGCUCUUGUCGAGGUCACAUAUCUCAGGCUUUAUUGUUGUUUAACCAUACAUUUCUAAAUUACUUUUGAAAACGUAUCCCUGCAAAUAACUAGUUGAUUUGAAUACUUUAUAAUUAAACUGCAGAAUUGAAAUUCUUUAAUUAAUCUUGUUGUUGUUUUUUUAAUGCAGGAGAAUAUCAUAUCACCCAUGGAAGAUUCUCCAGUCCCCGACAUAUCGGGGAAGGAUGGUGGGAACGAUGGGGCUGGGACCUCACCUCGCAACCAGGGCAAAGCUUUUAGGUAAAGCCUAUCCUCCAUAAACUAACAUCACCCCCUCUUAACCUUGUAAGAUACAUUCUAUAGAUACCCUGAAAGGAAAUGCUGAAUAGCAACAAAGCAGGGCUCGACAGGUUUUGGAACCCCCCUGGGCCAGUCAAUCAUCCACAAAAAAAUAUUGUAAUAAUGCUAUUUUCAAUCUAGACUAUAUAAUUGAUGAAAAAACAGACAAGUUCCUGAAACUGUUAGUUCGUUAUGUACAUUAUUUAUCAAACUCGUGCCACACAGGGUGCAGCAGCUCACAGAAUGAAGAACAACAGCAGUAGGAUAGGUAGGAGAUAGGUAGGAAAUAUGUUUCAACUUAUGAUAUCUACAAGUAAAUUCUAAGGCAACAAUGGGUAUGCAAACCAGGUAAUCAAAAGGUUUGGUCCGAAGUCUUGGUUGAAUCUUUGCGAUGCGCAAUUCAGUCAUCAUGUGCUGUUUGAAUAAAAAGGUUUAUCCCAAAAAAACGUCCCAAUGAAAUGUUGACUGCAAAGUAGACCUACGUGGCAGAAUGAUAUCAUGAUGAUUUGUAUCAAUCGUGGGGCAUUGUUUUGGCAAACUCUGCCAUCACAUCAUGUAGCCUACACUAUACAUUGUAGGCUACGGUACAAAAACACAGCUAGCCAAACACAAUGGUCUCUUGCUAGGUGAGCAAUUGAUUUAAAAGUAAACUACACCCUCCAAUUAUAACAAUUUUGUAUUGUUCCCAGACCUAAAAAAUGGACUCCUGAUGUGGUUUAAGCGUUGUUGUGGACUUUUUCUAUUUAAAGAAAGUGUGAUUUUAGAGUGAAAACCUCAAAAGGCACUCGCACAUCUGAGCUAUCUCUUUUGCAGGUGCAUGGCAACAGUUGAACAAGAUGAGAAAAAAAAUUAACAAACCCGCACACUGCUCUUGAUAGUAUCACUGCUCUUUAAUAAGCUUUACGUAUCGGCCUCAACGCCUUCAUCAGGGCCCUAAAACCUGAAAAAACUUGGAAACCUGGAAAAACAGAACCGUGAAGUGAAUUUAGCUAAAUAUUAAACUGAUUUUAUAGGGCCCUACAACUUGCUAACAAUAACACUCUUUUUGAGAUUGCACAAAGGUUUUAUUUUUUCUCUCCAAACAAUAAAUGUAAAUAUGAUAUUGUCAAGUAAUAAUGUAAUAUAAAAUGGAAUUAUUUGUGUAUGGAGGGUAGGUCAUUAUAGGUUCUAGGCUACUUGCUCAGCCCGCAAAUUAAAUAUAAAAUGUAAGUUAUUCGCAAAUAAUUAUAAGCUCUAGGCUACAGUGAGGGAAAAAAGUAUUUGAUCCCCUGCUGAUUUUGUACGUUUGCCCACUGACAAAGAAAUGAUCAGUCUAUAAUUUUAAUGGUAGGUUUAUUUGAACAGUGAGAGACAGAAUAACAACAAGAAAAUCCAGAAAAACGCAUGUCAAAAAUGUUAUAAAUUGAUUUGCAUUUUAAUGAGAGAAAUAAGUAUUUGACCCCCUCUCAAUCAGAAAGAUUUCUGGCUCCCAGGUGUCUUUUAUACAGGUAAUGAGCUGAGAUUAGGAGCAUACUCUUAAAGGGAGUGCUCCUAAUCUCAGUUUGUUACCUGUAUAAAAGACACCUGUCCACAGAAGCAAUCGAUCAAUCAGAUUCCAAACUCUCCACCAUGGCCAAGACCAAAGAGCUCUCCAAGGAUGUCAGGGACAAGAUUGUAGACCUACACAAGGCUGGAAUGGGCUACAAGACCAUCGCCAAGCAGCUUGGUGAGAAGGUGACAACAGUUGGUGCGAUUAUUCGCAAAUGGAAGAAACACAAAAUAACUGUCAAUCUCCCUCGGCCUGGGGCUCCAUGCAAGAUCUCACCUCGUGGAGUUGCAAUGAUCAUGAGAACGGUGAGGAAUCAGCCCAGAACUACACAGGAGGAUCUUGUCAAUGAUCUCAAGGCAGCUGGGACCAUAGUCACCAAGAAAACAAUUGGUAACACACUACGCCGUGAAGGACUGAAAUCCUGCAGCGCCCGCAAGGUCCCCCUGCUCAAGAAAGCACAUAUACAGGGCCGUCUGAAGUUUGCCAAUGAACAUCUGAAUGAUUCAGAGGAGAACUGGGUGAAAGUGUUGUGGUCAGAUGAGACCAAAAUUGAGCUCUUUGGCAUCAACUCAACUCGCCGUGUUUGGAGGAGGAGGAAUGCUGCCUAUGACCCCGAGAACACCAUCCCCACCGUCAAACAUGGAGGUGGAAACAUUAUGCUUUGGUGGUGUUUUUCUGCUAAGGGGACAGGACAACUUCACCGCAUCAAAGGGACGAUGGACAGGGCCAUGUACUGUCAAAUCUUGGGUGAGAACCUCCUUCCCUCAGCCAGGGCAUUGAAAAUGGGUCGUGGAUGGGUAUUCCAGCAUGACAAUGACCCAAAACACACGGCCAAGGCAACAAAGGAGUGGCUCAAGAAGAAGCACAUUAAGGUCCUGGAGUGGCCUAGCCAGUCUCCAGACCUUAAUCCCAUAGAAAAUCUGUGGAGGGAGCUGAAGGUUCGAGUUGACAAACAUCAGCCUCGAAACCUUAAUGACUUGGAGAAGAUCUGCAAAGAGGAGUGGGACAAAAUCCCUCCUGAGAUGUGUGCAAACCUGGUGGCCAACUACAAGAAACAUCUGACCUCUGUGAUUGCCAACAAGGGUUUUGCCACCAAGUACUAAGUCAUGUUUUGCAGAGGGGUCAAAUACUUAUUUCCCUCAUUAAAAUGCAAAUCAAUUUAUAACAUUUUUGACAUGCUUUUUUCUGGAUUUUCUUGUUGUUAUUCUGUCUCUCACUGUUCAAAUAAACCUACCAUUAAAAUUAUAGACUGAUCAUUUCUUUGUCAGUGGGAAAACGUACAAAAUCAGCAGGGGAUCAAAUACUUUUUUCCCUCACUGUACUUGCUCAGCCCGCAAAUUAAAGAUAAAAUGUAAGUUAUUCGCACAUCAUUAUAGGCUCUAGGCUACUUGCUCAGCCCGCAAAUUAAAGAUACAACUAAAAAAAUGCGUGCAUCAUUUGCCACUGGCAAAUUUACCUGAAUGUCAAGCCCUGAACAAAGGCUUUGUAGAUUACAUCAAAGUAUUCCAAUCACUGCUUACUUCUUCUGCGACUCAGUCACUCACUAAUCAGUUAACUAGUUAUUUCUCUCCUCCGACUUUCCCACUCUCCCUCUUUCCUAGUGUUCCUCACACGCGCUCCCUAGAGGCGCGGAUCAAGGAGGAGCUGAUGUCUCAGGGGCUGCUGGAUUCUGAGGAGCGGCCCGGAGCAGGCGGAGACUCAGAGGAUGAGGUGCUGGCUGAGCUCCACAAGAGACAGGCUGAACUCAAAGCCCUGAGCGCCCACAAUAGAUCCCGCAAGCAGGAGCUACUCCGGUGAGAGCACAGGAGAAAAGGGCAGGGGAGAAAUGUAAAACAUACAUUAGAAAUAAGGUUGAUUUAAGGUCCAAAGGACUGUCUGAUGACUUAGUUCAAGACCUAAAAGGAGGGAUGUUCUGACAUUGAUGAUAAUGAGUUGCAUUUAUAGAAGGCCCAGUUUCACAUUGUGUUCCACUUCAUCCACCAUCAAUAUGUGCAGCAGAGAUGAAGGGAAUUAAAACUUUUUUUUACCUGAACACACAUCACAAAACUAGUACUGGAUUAGGAUAUUAUUCAUAACACGCCUCAGCAUUCAUUCUUUACUCUAAACUUCUCCUUACAGCCUGGCAAAGGAGGAGAUGCGGAAGCAGGAGUUGCGGCAGAGGGUCCGGGUGUCAGAUAAUGAGGUCAUGGAGGGCUUCCGUCGCAUCAUGGCUGCCAGGCAGAAAAAACGCACGCCUACAAAGAAGGAGAAGGAUCAGGCAUGGAAAGCACUGAAGGAGAGAGACAGCAUCCUCAAGCUGCUGGAUGGGUAGAGGGGCAAUAGUUUAGGGUGGGAAUGAGAUGGGAAGGGGUAGUUUUCCAGUCUGCCAAUAAGUAUAUACUGUUGUAUGUGUCUGGGCAUAUGCUUCCAUGCUUUAGUGGCCAUAAGCAUUUAUCACAUUUGUGUUACUUUAUAAAACUCCACAAUGGAAGUACAGUGAAUACCUGCAAUGAUGUAGCAUGAUUGUCAUAGUUGUUGACACGAGAUGUUGAAAAUGGAGGUAUGCAUGUUUUGUAUUGAUAAUUACUGUAUUCUUGUAUGAAUGUGCCAUCUAAACUUUCAGUGUAUAUUCACUAUUGGAACAUCGUCACCAGAAGAGCUUAUGAUAAUUUAAUGUGGUACUCUGUGUGCAUCACUGGCGUUUUUUUGUUUUGUUUUUUAUACUGUUAACUGGUAUUGUUUCCCACUGGCAUUUUCCAAGUGCUGUUGUCGAUUUUGUUGUAAUUUUAUUUUCAACGUUAUAUAGUGCAUUUCUAUUCUCUAGUAUGGAAAAACAAACUAUGAAUGUUUGAAUAAAUAAAUAUCAGAAAAAGUGUUGUGAGGG